CAAAAAUGCAAUUGACAUCGCAAUUUUAUUUAUUUUGUUAAAUCUGAAAUUAAUUCGAAAAAAUUUAUUUGACUCUCAUUUCCAUAAUUCGAAAGAGAAAAUAUGUCACAGAAAUCACUGCUUUCAUAUUUUUCAAAAACAAAAUCACCGAACCAGUCUAUCAACGAGCUACAAUCGCAAGAGAGCAAUUCCAGGUACGUGUACCAUUCAACCAUAAUUCUAUAAACUUCGCCAGCACAAUGCUAUUGGUAAAAUUAUUGCCAAAUUUGGUUCCAAAAUCUGCACGGUUUUGCAUCAAAAGUCUCAGUAUCCUGCACAUGCCGAGACAGUUUAAUCCGAUACAGACAAAUAACAGCAAAGUUUUGUGUCGGUUUCUUGAAUCUAAUGUUAAACAGCUAACUUUCGUUAAAUUAUUCAGUGAUGAUGUGCAACCAGUGAAUGGAAAGGGGAAGAAAAAACGUCGGAGAGUCGUUAGCAGUGACGAGGAAGAUGUUGUGACCGCAAAGAAAAGCUCGCCCCAGAAAUCAGUCAAGAUCUCGCCGAAGAAAUCAGCUGAAAGAUCACCAUCCCAAACACCAAUUAAGGAUACCAAAGUUGCAACACCAGUUAAGGAUGUGAAGGUUGUAACACCUGUCAAGGAUGCUAAAGUUGAAAAAGACGAUGGAGAAUUCGUAACGAGUCCGAUUAAAUUUGAAAACGAAGAGAAUGAUUCACCGAAGACGAAGAAACAGACCAAAGCUUCUGCGAAAUCCAAAGCUAAAACACCGAAAGCAAAUGCAGCAAAGAAGGCAAAAAUUGAGAAAAAGACGACCCCAAAAUCCGCCUCCACUUCACCGAAGGAAACAGUGACUGUUCGGACUGAGACCAAUGUCACAGAAGAGAAAGCAAAGGCAGAUAGCGAUGCAGACGACAAAAAAGAGAAUAUAAAGAAAGAGAAAGAAUCGCCGUUGGCCAAGAAACCAGCUGCAAUACACAGUUUCUUCACCAGUGCAAAAACAACAAAAGAGCAAUCAACAAAGGGAGGUGUGUCUGACACCGACUACAAUCCAGAGAAACAAAAAUAUCAUCCGAUCGACGAUGCAUUUUGGAAACAUGGCGAAAAAGUUCCUUACCUGGCGUUGGCUCGUACGUUUGAGAAAAUUGAAGACAUUAGCAGUCGCUUAAAAAUGAUUGAAGUGCUGUCCAACUUUUACCGGUCGGUGAUUGUUUUGAGCCCAAAUGAUCUUGUGGCUUGCGUCUUUUUAUGCCUAAAUCAAUUGGCACCAUCGUAUGAAGGUCUUGAAUUAGGUGUGGCUGAGCAUUCGUUGAUGAAAGUCAUCGCUGAAGCUACAGGAAGAUCAUUGGCUCAAAUAAAAACCGAUGUUGCCAAUACUGGUGACAUGGGCAUCGUGGCUCAGCAAUCGAAACGGAAUCAGACGAUGCUGUUCGUACCAGCUGCACUAAUGGUGACCGAUGUGUUCGAAAAGUUACGAGAAAUUGCUAAAAUGACUGGACAGGCGUCCAUGGGUAAGAAGGGUGACAAAAUCCAAACAAUAUUUCGCCGUUGUCGCCAUUCGGAGGCGAGAUUUUUCGUACGCUCACUGUUGGGCAAAUUGAGAAUUGGUCUGGCUGAACAAUCGGUACUGCAGGCACUGGCACUCGCUUGCACAUUGACACCACCUAAUCAGAAAGAAUAUCCGCCACCAAUAUUGACCGCUUUCAAAAAUGAAGCCAAACUGAAAGAGAAGUUGGAUGAGGUGGCACUUGAAAUUAAAACAACUUAUUGCCAAUGUCCGAAUUUCGGAAGAAUCAUAGAAGUAUUGCUGAACGACGGUGUCGAUGCUUUAUCAGAAAAAUGCCAAAUGCUACCGGGAACUCCAUUGAAACCUAUGUUAGCGCAUCCGACCAAGGGAGUUCAGGAGGUGUUGCAGAGAUUUGAUGGCAUCAAAUUUACUUGCGAAUACAAAUACGACGGAGAACGGGCUCAAAUUCACAUUGACGCCGAUGGAACGGUGAGCAUCUUUUCCCGCAAUCAAGAGAACAACACUAGCAAAUAUCCGGACAUCAUCGGUCGAAUCGAUAAUGUGAAAAAUGAAGCCGUUCGAUCCUGCAUCCUGGACUGUGAAGCAGUCGCUUGGGACUGCGAAAAGCAACAAAUUCUCCCAUUCCAAGUGCUGUCAACACGAAAACGUAAAGACGCCAACGAGUCAGACAUCAAAGUCAAAGUCAUUGUCUUCAUGUUUGACCUGCUGUAUUUGAACGGCGAGCCGUUGGUUACGCGAUCGUUCAUCGAACGAAGAAACUUGCUGCGCGAACACUUCCGUGAAGUGGAUGGCGAAUGGAAAUUUGCAACAGCACUGGAUACCAGCGACAUUGACGAAUUGCAGAAUUUCUUGGAAGUGUCGGUGAAGGAAAAUUGCGAAGGAUUGAUGGUGAAAACAUUGGAAAAGGACGCAACAUACGAAAUUGCAAAGAGAUCGCGCAACUGGUUGAAACUGAAAAAGGAUUAUUUGUCGGGUGUCGGCGAUUCGCUGGAUCUGGUCGUCAUUGGCGGAUACAAAGGAAAGGGAAAACGGACCGGAACGUACGGUGGAUUUUUGUUGGCUUGUUACGACAGUGAAAAUGAAGAAUAUCAAAGCAUCUGCAAAAUUGGAACUGGUUUCACUGAAGAAGACCUUCAAAAGCAUUCGGAAUUUUUAAAGACCAACAUCAUCCCGAACCCAAAAUCAUAUUACAAAUACGACUCGUCACAUCAACCAGACGAUUGGUUCGAACCAGUCCAAGUGUGGGAGGUAUUAUGUGCGGAUUUGUCACUGAGUCCAGUACACAAGGCUGCAAUGGGUAUUGUUGAUCCAGUCAAGGGAAUUUCCUUACGUUUCCCACGAUUCAUUCGCAUCCGUGAUGACAAAGCCGUCGAAGAUGCGACAACUGCUUGUCAAGUGGCUGACAUGUAUUCGAACCAAGAUCAGAUCAAGAAUCAAGACAAAUCGGGACGUGACGUUGAGGAAGAUUUUUACUGAAAGUGUGUCGUAAGGCGAAUAAUAAUAAAAAAAUAAACUUUUGUUCACCACGUGGAUCGUAGUUAUAAUUUCAAAUGCAACGCAUGUGUCCAGUAGGUGUCUUAGAACGUCACAAGUUUCCUUCUACUCGUCAAAAUCAAUUCAUUAAAU